UUGUUAAUGUAUAUAGAAAGACCGGGCAAUCUGCCAUAGCUUGAUUCGUGAGCUUGUUAAUGUAAGUUUGAGGAUCGUAUUAGAUUGUUUCGCCGAAAUCAUCAUGGCUCUUAUUAGGAGUUGUUUUUGCAGACUUAGCAAUUACUCUCAGAAAACUAUUCCAGCUUUAUCUGUUGUCUCAAGAAAUUCCUCUGAUGCAGGUGAAUUGAAAGCUUUAUUAGCAGAAAAAAUCAAGGAAGAACAGAAGAAUGUGAAGAGUUUUAGGGAGCAGUAUGGUAGCAAAGUUAUAGGAGAGGUCACAGUUGAUCAGGUUUAUGGAGGAAUGCGAGGUAUCAGAGGUCUUGUAACAGAAACUUCACAAUUGGAUCCUGAAGAUGGUAUUGAAUUUCGUGACUUUACCAUUCCCCAAAUCAGAAAGUUGCUCCCUAAGUCUCCUGGUGGAGGAGAGCCUCUUCCAGAGGGCUUGUUUUGGUUGCUGUUGACUGGGGAGGUUCCCACAGCAGAACAGGUGAAAACUGUGUCAAAAGCUUGGGCUGAGAGGGCAGACCUUCCCUCACAUGUUGUAACUAUGUUGAACAACUUUCCAUCACACUUGCACCCCAUGUCUCAGUUUAGUGCAGCUAUUACAGCAUGUAACACAGAAAGCAAAUUUGCUAAGGCAUAUUCUGAAGGAGUUCCUAAAGCUACUUACUGGGAGCACACAUUUGAAGAUGCCAUGGACUUAAUUGCCAAACUGCCACCAAUUGCUGCCACAAUCUACCGAAACUUGUACAGAGAUGGAAGCAGUAUUGGUGCUAUAGAUGUUAAUAAGGACUGGUCAGCAAAUUUUACAUCUAUGCUUGGCUAUGAUGAUCCUAACUUUACAGAGUUAAUGAGACUCUACCUUGCUAUUCACAGUGACCAUGAAGGAGGAAAUGUUAGUGCUCAUUCUGUACACCUCGUUGGAAGUGCUCUCUCGGAUCCUUACUUAGCAUUUUCAGCUGGUAUGAAUGGCCUGGCGGGACCUCUUCAUGGACUUGCAAACCAGGAAGUUCUUGUAUGGCUCACUAAGCUACAGAAAGACUUGGGCCAUGAUCCAAGUGAAGAGCUAGUAAAAGAAUUUGUUUGGAAAACAUUGAAGUCUGGACAGGUUAUACCAGGUUAUGGACAUGCUGUUCUAAGAAGGACUGACCCUCGUUAUGUUGUUCAAAGAGAGUUUGCAAUGAAACAUCUUCCUGAUGACCCAUUGUUCAAGCUUGUGUCUCAGUUGUACAAAAUUGUGCCCCAGAUUCUGCUUGAGCUGGGAAAAGUGAAGAACCCAUGGCCAAAUGUUGAUGCCCACAGUGGAGUCUUGUUACAGUAUUAUGGCAUGACAGAAAUGCAGUACUACACUGUCUUAUUUGGUGUUUCUCGUGCUUUGGGAACAACAUCUUCUCUGGUGUGGGACCGUGCUCUUGGCUUACCCAUUGAAAGACCCAAGUCUAUGACAACAGAGGGACUGAUGAAGCUUGUUGGUGCUAUUUAAUCAUCUUGUAGUAACAGACUCAGUACUGUGGAAUCUUUAGUUCGUUAAUGUGUUUCAUUGUCAUCAAAAA